AGAAAUGGUGUUUUCCAGCGGAGAUGGCCUGAACAGCUUUGCCCAGCUGUUCUCAUCACUCCUCUGAUAAAACGUGCUAAUGGGAGCCAGCAUACUCCACUACAGCACAAAUGAAAUUGCAAGGGCAGAUGGGGAGCCUUCAGCUCUCAGUAUUCUUUAUCAUGUGAAGUCUGAGAUCCUCAGGCAAACACGGCGAGAGCCAGCAAAUCUCUCAGAGGGCUAAAAUCCCAGCUGAGUCUCAAAUUCUCUGCGCAGGAGAGAAAUGGCUGUAAUCUGCUAAUGAAAGCAGAUGUACGGGGGCCAUUCUGGCAGCUACAUCUGCCGUGCUUCCACCACCCCGCCCCUCCUUGUUAGACCGACUCGUUCCAUUCCUCACGAGCAAAAACAGGCACGCACAAACACCAGUCACGUUAAAUUUUCUUUAGGAUAGUUGUUUUCUCCUUGACCCGUGCUGAACCCUGCUGCAGCCUCGCUGUCUGAGGGAAGGCGUCUAUCCUUGUGGCUGUGCUUGCUUAGGAAUGGUGCUGGGAACGAAGGCAAUCCUGGCUCUACACCACCUCAGCCCACUGCCGAUGUCUGGGAAAGGAUCAGACCUGCGGGGCAGAUUUCUACCCGUGGGUACUCUUAUUAAACUCCUAACCCAGGGAAGGGCACCGAAGUGCAGCAGCUCUUCCCAUAAGCGUCCUUUCCAGAGCUGUUUGAUGCCUUUCAGAAGCAGACACGUUCUCCAGAGCGUCUUUAGGGCAGGCAGCUGCAGCACUGCCCGCCCGUCCGCCCCCCUCAGAGCCGGCCCGAAGGCGCCCCACAAGAUGGCGCCGCACCCCCUUCGGGCGCGCCCGGAGUAAAGAUGGCGGCGGCUCCUUCUUCCGCUUCCGCGGUGCCGGCGGCUGUCCCGCCCUCAGUAACGAUGGCGGCUUCCUGCGCGGUGUGGCUGGAGGAUCAGGUGGAGCGGGUGCCCUGCCCCUACGACGCCCAUCACCGUGUGCCGCGGGCGUCGUUGGAGAGGCAUGCGGCGUCCUGCCGCCUCCGCAAGAUGGGCUACUCCGCCGAGGAGCAGGCCGAGAUGUAUGACUCCUGCUUCUUCUAUGAGAACCUGAAGGUGCCCACCGUUGCAAUGGAUAAAGCUCUACAGUUUCACAUAGUUCAGCAAGCUAGAGCUCAGAGUGCCAAAGAAGGCAUAGGCUACACUGAAGGAUCUUAUUCAUCACUGCCUGUAGAAGUUCCUCAAAAUCACAAACGUUUCAUCUGUGACCUGACUCAAGCUGACCGUCUUGCUCUUUAUGACUAUGUUGUUGAGGAAACAAAGAAACAGAGAUCUAGGUCACAAAUCACAGAAAAUGACAGUGACCUCUUUGUAGACUUAGCAGCCAAGAUUACUCAAGAUGACAGUCAGAAGGGUCCAAAGUCCCAUCUUGAAAUUCUGGCUGAAAUGCGAGACUACAAAAGGCGACGGCAGUCCUACAGGGCUAAGAACGUUCAUAUAACAAAGAAGUCUUACACUGAGGUGAUUCGGGAUGUGAUUGGUGUACAUAUGGAGGAACUCAGCAACCACUGGCAGGAAGAGAAUAGGUUGGAUAAUGCAGAGAUGUGUGAAGGGGGAAAGUCAAAAUCUUCAGGAAGAAAGGAAGACAGGCGGUCAGCUUCGGUGGACUCAAGGCAGUCUGGAGGAAGCUCAAAGGACACUGAACGCACCAGACAUAGGCGAGAGGGCAGCAGGAGUCCAAGUAAAAGAAAAAGGAGUCGUGACAGAGGGAAGGACAGAGAUUCUCGGAGGAAAAGAGAAAGGGAAGAAGACAAGUAUCACAGCCAUAAAAGAAGAAAGUAGAAACAAGAACAUAAUGAGUUUCUGUUCAAAGAAUUACUUGCACAGGAUGUAUUGUUACUGCUGUUACGCCAGAAACUGUAAUGCUGUGAACAUAAUGCUGGUGUUGCCUCACAGCUGUGUUCAGAGAGAAAAUCAGAUAAUGUUCAGGGGAUGGCAGGAUGGAAGCAGUAUACGUCAUAAAAUGUACAAAUGUAUAAGACUAAUGUAUCUAUUAAUAAAUUAUAGUGAUUUCUUAGCCCUUUGAGUUUAAUUUAACAAAGGCUAAUGGAAUCUGAGAGAGGCUGUGCUAAUUUACUGUCCCAGCCCACAGAUAGUAUCUAAAGGUGAACGUGGUUAAGCCCUGGAGCAGCAGGAUCAAUUACAAAUGGAAAGGGAUGAAGGGAGCUCCGGUAGCUCCCCUUCUCUCUACCACCUGACACUGUCACCUCUGAGAACAGCGUUCCAAAAAGACAGCACUUACUGUCACAUUAUGGCAUGCAUGGAAGAUGACAGGGCAGAUUUCAGAGUUCUCCAGAAGGCUGCUACCUUCAUCUGCAGCUUUCAGUAAAUGAAAAAGUGGUAAAAGGAUGGUAACAGGCAUGUUGCUGUUCCCAAGCUUGUGCUCAAGGAAAUUUAGGAUCAAUGUCAAGCUGGCGACAGUGGUGACAGGCAUCUCUAAGACCUCUACUAAGGUAGAGAUGUCCCUCCUAGCUCCCCCCUACUUUCUAUAAUUUUAUUGACCGGCAUUUUCAAACAUGAGGUUGAUAGAUCUUGGUAUUUAUGCAAAGAAACUAGUAAGUUUCCAUCCUGUAUACUAACAUGAAAGUAUUAAUGACAAAAGUUAUAAAAACACUAAGACUUCAACCGUCCAGGUACAGCUUAAGUGGAAUUCUCCUUUAUACCCUUAACUGCUGUGGGAUUAUACCAAUUUCUAGUUUUGUUAAUUUCUUACACAAUCUACUACAGUCAGCUUGUUCCUUCUAUGAAAAAAGCCAACAGCAACAUCUUACAGAUUAACUUUUUCUACCCUUCCUUAUUUUCAAUCAAGUUGCCAGCAGAGGACACCCCUUAGCACUGGCAUUUUGGCCUCCUCAAUGGCUGUGUGGGGUGAUAUCCUCUGCACAGUGCCUGUGGGCUGCAGGCAGGAAGGAGACUGAUCUUUAUUAAUUAAGAGUCCAUCUAGAAAUGAGAAAAAUAUUUAAAUUCUGAAGACAGUUGGAGGAAAAAAAGGCUCCAGGGAGACCU